CGAACGAGAAAAAAAAACCACUUUUAUCAAAUGCACGUCGUCACCAAGUGCCAUGUCUCAUGUAGACAGAUUGACUGCCGAUGGGGAUAUAUAGCGACACAGUUUGAAUACACAAAACAAAACAACAUUAAAAUUAUCGACACACAUGCAAAUUGUCCGAAGGUGUAGUUGUGUGUCACAAAGAAGAAGAAGAAGGAAGCAAAAAAAAAUCAACAAACACAAAGUGAUUCUAUUAUAGUGUUUAUUUUUUUGAAUUUAUAAUUUGUUUUUGAGUUUUCAAAACACUUUAUUUAUGUGGAUUCGAACAAUAGGGAUGCAGACAGUUUUUGCGUUUUAGUAAAUAAACAUCAACAAUAUUAGAGAAAUUGAGUGUCAAAAAUUGUCAACAAACGGAUUGUCCCGAAGGAAAUUGAAAACGAUUACGUUUUUUUUUGUUGGUUUGACUUGAAAACGCAUAAUCAAAAUUAGAUCUCAAUUUUUGAUGCGAAUUAUAAUCAAAACCAGAACGCUCGGAUCUCUUUGCAAGUGCAAUUAUUGAAUGGCUCAUCAAUAUCGAUCUCAAAUCAAGUGGAUUUAUAAACACCAAAUUCGAAUCGCUCACAAUCGAAGAAAAUCUUGCAGUAAAUUGGUUUGAGGGGUUUGCUGAACAAUAAUUUUUGGUAUUGAAUGCAAUUGGAUAAAAAAAAGACCAAAAGGUGUAGCAAUUGGACGACGUUGCUGUGAAACAUUUCCAGCACCACAAUCAAAUAUGGGAGCCCAUGGUGCGAUUUACCAUGAACGACAAAUACGCGAACUGUGCGCACUCCAUGCACUAAACAACCUGUUUCAAGCCAAAGGAUCAUUCACAAAAACUGAAUUGGAUGACAUUUGCGUACAAUUAUCGCCCGAUGAAUGGAUCAAUCCACAUAAAUCGAUGCUCGGCUUGGGUCAAUAUGAUGUCAAUGUUAUAAUGACCGCAUUACAACUGAGGAACUAUGAAGCGAUUUGGUUUGAUAAACGCAAAGAACCAUUAUGUAUCGAUACAUCGAAUAUACUUGGUUUUAUAAUGAACGUGCCGUCUGAAUAUAAAUUUGGUUUUAUUGUGUUGCCAUUUCGACGACGCCAUUGGAUUGCCAUACGUAAAAUCGAUAAAUUUUAUUGGAAUUUGGAUUCAAAAUUGAAUGCGCCCGAAUGCAUUGGUGACGAUGCCGAUGUAAUAACCUACUUGACCAAUCAAUUCAAAAGCAAUGACAUGGAAUUAUUUGUGAUUGUUAAAUCGGAUAUGGCAAAAUCAAAACGAUGGCUUAAAGAUGACUCACACCAAUGAAGCACCCGUCUCUAGUUCUCUCACUUUUUAUCACAUUCGACAUUUUAAAUGUGUAUAUUUUUUUUUACUUGACCGAACCCAAAAUUUUAAUUAUAAUUGACAUUUUGUGCUUAAUAAAUAACAUAGAAUUCGGCAGGGGACGGUGGCGGGGGCUUGUAAAUAUCUACCGCUUAGGCAAUUUUAAGAGAAACUUACCGUUUAUAUUAGAUAUAAAAUAUCUUAUAUAUACAUUUAGAUUGUUGUUCAUUAAGAGUUUUAUUUAUAUUUUGUAUUAUGUUUGUGUUUUUGUGUAGCGCACAAUCGCCUCAACUCUAUUCAGCGAUUGUAAAUUUACAAUGAUGCGUUGAACCAAAAUCAAAUAGAAAUGAAUAAAAAUGGGCAUUGUUGUACUGUUA